AGAGAACUAAAAGAGGAAAGUGUGUCUUUAAUCAGGUGGUUAAAUUUAAACAAGUUUUAAUAGAUAUGAGCAGAAUCUCCCAUCCAGCUCCACACCUGGCAUCUGGGAUGCUUCCACACUGGUUGUGUGGCUGCUCUCCUGCACCACAGAGAAAGGGAAUCCAGACUGGCAGAGACUGGCCUGACGUGAUUUCAAAUAUUACAUACAGAGAUUGUCCUUGUUUUUAUGUCAGGGUGCAUUCCAGGAUCUUCCCCCCCGGGUCCCAGGGAAAACAACAGCUGAAGGCAGAGGAGGAAACACACAAAACAGGUUUUCUUUUAAGUCUGUUUGAAUGCUUCUUGGUUGUUUUCAUCAUUGGGUGAGUCUGAGAAGAAGUCGAGGAAAAGCAUGGGAAACCUUAAAAAGGAGGAAAAGCUUCCUGGAGUUCUUUUAGUGUGAUACAGUAAAAGGAAGUCACCAAGUCACCUCAGCUUCUCCGUGUAAAUGUCACAAAAAGGUUUGGAAGUUGUGCUCCUGCAACAGGGAUUCGGCUGUGAAAGGAUGCAAAAGGCAAAGAAAUGCACAUUCCAGUUAGAAACAAGGACAGUGUCCUAACAGAACACACUGCCAGGAGCAGGUCUAUCUUUGUAUCCAGGGAAAAUCAAGAGGAGCCUUUGUGAGAAAGAUGCUUUCAGAGAGAGAGGAGUGAUCUGCUUCCAUAAAGCCAUAAGUCACUGGGAACCUAUCGACUGCGACGGGCAGGAGAGUGAAUUCCCUGAUUUAACAGUCCCUUUUGGCCUCAAAAUGUAUUCAUCUAUGAUAGAUGCCAGAGACAUUCCUCAGUGGAGAGGUGGACUCAUUCCUCACGGAGACAAAGACGAAAACAGGAGGAGGGAUCCCUGCAAUCUGUUACUGCUGUACCCCAAACUCAGCCUGGGGCAACGCUCCCUCCUGGGUGGAGGAAAGGUGCUGUGCUCGGAGAAGGGAGUGUUGCUCAGGCACGUGUUUGCCCUCAGCAGAGCAGCAACAGCCAGAGAAAACCGUCUGUGUGCUGCAGGUGAUGCACUCCUGGCUUGCCACAGAUCCUACAGGUCCCGACCUACACAUGGGAUUGGGAGGUUUCAACACCUGCUCCCAAAGGAGGUUCCAAAGAGGAAAAAGGAAAAAGUGCAGAUGAAAGAGAUCAGUGAAGGCACUGAGUACCAGUAUGGAGAUCUCAACAUCCAGAUGACUUCCUAUGACCUGUGCCUGGUGGAGCAUUUUGCUCAGUAUGUCCACAGACUCUGCAACCGCCUCUCCAUCCGGGUCAAUGAGAGCUAUGCCAUGCCCACCAAAACCAACGAGGUGCUGUUCCUGGAAGAGAGGGGAUCCAAAAUGCAGCUGGAUGCAGUCCUUACCACCCACCAGAGGGUUGUCCAGAUCCGCGGUUUGAGUUCGACGUUUGCUCCCAUACUGCUGGAAAUCAUUCAGAGUAGCCAGCCUGAGGGGGUCCAUCUGUUGAUGAAACAGCACACGGAAGCAGAUUUCAAGAGCCGGCUGAAGUCUCGCCCUGAGCUGGAAGAGCUGCUGGCAGAGAUGUCCUGAGGUGAGAGCAAUGUGCCAUCCAUGGGCUGUUCCAGCCUCCAGAGGGUGCUUCCAUGAGCUCAGUACUGGUAACUCGGUGAAUUGGAAGGAAUUCCCACUGCUGGCAACCAGCUUGUCUUAAUAAAAACAAAUGAUGGUUUGUACUGGGCACAGAGGUGCCACAAUGGAA